AUGACACAGAAUACCUACAGCAUCUUCGAAGAAACAAAGAACGGAAACAGAUGGUCGGACUACCAUCCGUUUGCGCCUGUCUCACCUAAGAUCGUGCUACUGAUAAGGAUUAAUAUGCUUUCCACCGGGAUUGAAGAGAAUGAUAAAGCCACGCGCCAGAUGUAUGAGGCACACAAGAUGAGGUAUCUCAACCCCUCCAAUGCCGGCUCUUACCUAGAGGAUUUGCCAGUUGGCAUCGCUGCCAACAAUUUCGCUACAGUGGUAAACGGGAAAGCGGUGCUGAAGCCAACCGGGAUGGCUCGAUAUAAACACGCCUUCAAAUUCCCGCUCUUCGCUCUCUCGACCGCCCACGUCCAACGUAUUAACACCAUCUCCUUCGAGGAAACCAUAGGAAUAAAGGGCAUCGUCUAUAAAUCUGCAACGGUGUUUAAGAGGGCACCGGAAUACUUUCUGGCUGACAGCACGGAAGGCUUCAACACUGUCCCUCGAAUUCCGCCUGCGCUUGCGAUGCUGGUCCCGGAGGAUGUCCGCUGGCAGCAAGGUUGGGGGACAUACCCCAAACUUCUCGAACAGAUCGUACAGGAUGAGUUCGGGAGUUCCCAGAAAGCCAUGUUUGAAGUCGUAGAUCCGGUUCGGCUUUCUUCCCACUAA